GUUAGGUGCUUGUUUAUUUUCGAAAUCACAGCAUUUGCGAACUGCUGGUUGAGUUGUGUCGUAAUUUAUUGUAUCAGAUUACGUCGCAAUUGAUUCGAUUCAAUUGAAUUAUGCGAAGUAUACAUAUCAUUUUUGUAACGUAUAAUUUUGAGUAUGCGGAUUCUUCACAGUGUGUACAUUUUCACGUAAUGUGAAAAUGUAAUCGUUUAUUCUCACAACACGCUAUAACCUCUCUGUGAUCUUUUUUAAAGCGGACCUGUUUCUAGAAAUUAUUAAAUAUGCAUCAAAUCGCAAUCAGAAAAAUACCCGGCGAAAUACUGCCGCCUUUGAAGAAAGAAGGCCAAGGGUAUAUCGACGAUUUAGGGAAGAAACCAAAGUUUAUAUUGCAGGAACUUUUAGAAAGACAGAGCAAGUUACUCUCCGAUAAAAAUUUUAUUUCUAAGCUUCCUGACAAGGGUGAGAAAAUUAUUAGCUUCCGCAAUAAGGUGUUAAAAGAAAUUGAGCACAGAGAUGAAGUGGAGAAAGCAGCUAAUCUACUGUCACGUCUUAACAUAGCAUCCGAAGGCAAAGUUGCCAUGAGCAAAUUAGAAUGGACUGGCAAAUAUAAUGACAAUAACAGGAGUAAUAACGAUACAACCAAAAUUGUUGAACUAGACAGUGACGAGGAGGAGGAUCCAUUAAGGAUAUUAGCUCAGCCCACAGGAACUGGUGUUCACAAAAAGAAAGUUAUACGUGUGGUGACUGAGGAGAGCCUCAUCAAGCCAGAAGAUUUAGUGGAAAUCGAAUCUUUCAAGACAGAUCCUUCAGAUGUGGAACAUGUGAAAUAUAUCAUUGACAAAGUAGAAAAAGCACAGGAGACUAAAAGUAAGGAGCCGUUUAAGCCUUACAAAACAACAAAAAGUAACGUGCAUGAUCCAAUGAAGGAGAAACAAAGAAAGCAGCAUAAAAAUUGGGAAGUCACAGCAGCUACACCACCUCUCAUAGUUCAUGGAGCAGCAAAACUCUUGAAUCUUAAUGAAUCCUUGAGGUUGCAAAAGGAGCAAACAGAAAAAUUACAGGUACUUCAAGCUAAACAUGCGAUGGAGCGUCUAACUAGUCAAGUAGGGUUACAUAUGGUCGGUUCUGCGCCUAAAAAUGUUGGAAGUUAUCGUUUACAACACGCGAGCGACUCUUCUUCUCCUUCAGAAGAUGAAGAAGACGAAGUGCAUGAUGAAGAAGAUUACGAUAAAGGUGGGACAGUUGUGUUCACAGUGGAAUCUGUAGAAUGUUAAUAUUUGAUAUAUAUAUCUCCCAAUAAUUCUAAAUUUUAACUUGUCUAUCCGAAUAAAAUAUUUUACUUAUAA